ACCCGGAAGCGGAUCGCGUGGAGUGACGGUCCCAUCGCAGCGCAUGCCCUGUAUGGACUUUUGGGGAACUGGGUCCUGAUGAACCCGAACAGGAAUUACUCCUGGUUUUAAUUCUGCUACCACUGGUGCAUGAUUUACAGCUAACCCAGAGAGGAGGCUGCAAUGCCGAGUGGAGGAAGCAGGAACCGGAAGGUGAGCAGUAGAAAGCUGGAGGAAGUAGAAAAAGAUGCUGAUGAGAGUGAGAGAGGUGUAAAGGUUAUUGAAAACCCAGCCUUAAAAGAUGAAGAAAAGAUGGAACUCCAGGAAAUCCAACUCAAAGAAGCUAAGCACAUUGCAGAAGAGGCAGAUAGAAAGUAUGAAGAGGUGGCUCAUAAGCUGGUGAUCAUUGAAGGAGACAUGGAAGGCACAGAAGAACGAGCUGAGCUGGCUGAGUCCCGUUGCCGAGAGAUGGAUGAGCAGAUCAGACUGAUGGACCAGAACUUGAAGUGUCUGAGUGCAGCUGAAGAAAAGUACUCUCAAAAAGAAGAUAAAUGUGAGGAAGAGGUGAUGAUUCUUACUGAUAAUCUCAAGGAGGCAGAGUCCCGUGCUGAGUUUGCUGAGAGAUCAGUAGCCAAGCUCAAAAAGACAAUUGAUGACUUGAAAGAUAAAGUGAAAUGCACCAAAGAGGAACACCUCUGUAUGCAAAGGAUGCGGGACCAGACUCUGCUUGACCUGAAUGAGAUGUAGAAUGCCCCAGUCCCACCCCGCUGCUGCUCCUUCCUCUGACCCUGACUCCACCUGAGGCCAGCCUGCCUGAAGCUGACCUUUACCUGAGGGCUGAUCUUUAACUGGAAGGCUGCUUUCUCCUUUCGCCACUCCCUCCUCCCCUGCGUCUUUUUCGCCAAACUGUCUCUGCGUCUUCCUGGAGAUUCCAGCUGGGCUAGAGGCUAAGAACUUUCGAAACAACAUUUAAGGGAAUGUGAGCAUAAUGCAUAAUGUCUGUAAAAAGCAUGUUGUGAUGUAAAAAAAUAAAAUAAAAUAAUCACUUCUGAAAGAUGCCUUUGUCACAUCCUAUAAUCAGCUCACAUUUUUUUUUCUACAAGUGUAUUUUCCUGUUGUUUUCCUAUUCACCCCAGAAUUUGUUAGAUUUUUUAAAAAACAAUUUCAAAAUAGUUUCUGUUUGAAACUAGUUGUGUCCAGUUCAGAUCAAGGUCUACAUGCUUUCCAGUCUUUAUUAUUUAUUGGAAAACUUUGGCACCUAAUACAGAAGGUUGAUUGUGUCCGUGUGUACCUGGUAAAGAUGUCAGUGACCUUUUACCUUAACAUCAAAAUACAGUUUAACCAGUUAGUCUGUUUUUCAGUUUUCUUUCCUUAUGUCAUCUGUGAACAUCUUGAGCUGUGAGCUAUUAAGUGCAUGCUUCCCUCAAGGCCCUCUGAUCCCUUCUGGACUAAUGUUGAAAGAUGGCAUGGAUUGGCAUGGAACUGUUGGGGUAGCCAGACCCAACCCUAGGCCGCGGGGGCUACGAAGUCCAGCGGAGUCAAAGGAAUGAGAAAAGACAUGUUAAGGAUGCAUAAGGUGGGUCCAGGGGGCCAACGCUAGUAUGGAGGCUGCAAAAGACCCGAGCUCUGGAAGCUCACACUAGUUAUUGGUGGUCAAACAAAGAAGCAUGUGGUGAGGCUGUGGGGGUUGAAAGGAAGUGGUGCAUCCAGCACAUGAUCUACAGGUGUGUGGUUUAGCGUUUAUAUGGAACAUGUUCUGCUACUUGGGAUCACAAGGAUCAUGUUCCUCUAGUUUAAGAUACAAUUGUUUUAUGAGCCUGGAAGUGCUAAAAGCAAGGAACUAGCAAGUCUAGGCACAUUCCAGAGGCCAUGAGGGGUUUUAUGCCCUGAGCCCUGGAUUCUAUCCAAGCCACAAGGGGUCUGCAGGGAAAAGAAAGAGAGAUUGAACUGUGGCUAUGUCUAUUGUAGAAAGAAGACAUAAGAAACUCCAUUUUUUUUCUGUGCUAAGAAAAAUUCUUCUGCCUUGAGAUGCCAUUAAUCUGUAAUCCUAGCCCCAACCCUGUGCUCACAGAAACAUGUACAUCACAGAAACAUGUACUGUUUAAACAUGUACUUAAAACUCCAGGUUUAAUGGAUUUAGGGCUGUGCAGGAUGUGCUUUGUUAAAAAUGUGUUUGCAAGUAGUAUGCUUGGUAAAAAGCCAUCACCAUUCUCUAGUCUCGAGUACCCAGGGACACAGUGCACUGCAGAAGGCCGCAUGGACCUCUGCCCAAGAAAGCCUGGGUAUUGUCCAAGGUUUCUCCCACUGAGACAGCCUGAGAUAUGGCCUCAUGGGAAGGGAAAGACCUGACCCUCCCCCAGCCCGACACCCAUAAAUGGUCUGUGCUGAGGAGGAUUUGUGAAAGAGGGAGGCCUCUUUGCAGUGGAGAUAAGAGGAAGGCAUCUGUCUCCUGGUCAUCCUGGAAUGGAAUGUCUCGGUGUAAAACCCGAUUGUACAUUCUGUUUACUGAGAUGGGAGAAAACCGCCCUAUGGCUGGAGGUGAGACAUGCUGGUGGCAAUACUGCUCUUUAAUGCACUGAGAUGUUUGUGUAAAGUCAACCAUAAAUCUGGCCUAUGUGCACAUCGAGGCACAGCACCUUUCCUUAAACUUAUUGAUGACACAGAGUCUUUCCUCACAUGUUUUCCUGUUGACCCUCUCCCCACCAUUACCCUGUAGUCCUGCCACAUUCCCCUCUCCGAGAUAGUAGAGAGAGUGAUCAAUAAAUACUGAGGGAACUCAGAGGCCAGGGCCAGCACGAGUCCUCCGUAUGCUGAGUGCCGGUCCCCUGGGCCCACUGUUCUUUCUUUUUACUUUGUCUCUGUGUCUUAUUUCUUUUCUCAGUCUCUCAUCCCACCAGAUGAGAAAUACCCACAGGUGUGCAGGGGCCGGCCCCCUUCAGGGUUUUAUGCCUUGGGCUUAGAUUGUAAUGCGGCAGGGCAGCCUUCCACCCUUUGGCACAGAGCUUGGGGUUCCAAAGGCCACAAGAGGUUUUAGACCCUGGACCCCGCCAUGUUCCAAGACUCUUUUUAUAUUAUGUCAGACUAGCAAGCCCUGCCUCAGCUUUUCUCCAACACUCAGCUUUUCCCCAACUUGGAACGCUAUUGUAAAAGCACCCAUGUAUUCUUUUUUCUUUUCUUUUUCUUU